AUCUGCCCUCAUGGCCAUACCCAGCCCACAGAUGACAGUGCGCUCCUCCAACUGAAAGAAAGUGUGAGCUUCAGCAUGUUGCAUUGACCAUCCCCAGUACUGCAAGCCUCUGCACAUCCACAGUUCCAGAACACCAGAUACGACAACAAAAGCGGACCACGGCACACCUGUGGCGGCCUCAUCCCCCCAUCCACUACUAUCCCAUACUAUUAACCCAAUCCCCCCUCCAUUAGUCCCCAUGGUCGCUCAAUGGGAAAGAGCCACGUGCCUCUGCGCCCACCAGCUCAAGAGCAUUUGUUCUCGCUGUUGGUUGCUGUAAAGGAUUUGCCUCCAUAGACAGAAAAGCGGAGCGGGAUAACCUUCUGGAAUUCGGCCUAGGGGUUCCUCUUCGACCUUUUUGCUCACUCCGGGCUUCCACUCUCUCUCUUUCUCUCUCAGUCUUUCCCUGCGGAAAGGUUGACACUUAAGAGGGUUUAUUUUUCCUGAAGAACUCAGGUAAGAUGCAUCCUGGUACUUUAGCCCCGGUGCUGUUUUGUUGUGUUGCCAGAUUGGACCGUUUGGACUGAUUGGACUAAUAAGCAAGUGUAUACAGUAAAUCUGUGUGGAGUAAAGCCAUGUGGGGCACAGGUGGGCAAAGAGGGACACUUCUGUCCACGGAGAAAAAUAGCAGAGCUACUGAAUGAAAGCAUAUUUUUCUAAGACUAAUGAAGACUUGGUCUGAAGUGCAAUUAAAGGGUUAAGGGCUAAUUACAUUGAAAUCAUUCAGUACUAAUCAGAAUAUGAUAAUGAUUUAGUCUCUAAAGUGAAAUGAGUAAAUAACUAUCAUUUGUCAUUUCAUUUUAUUACAAAGUAUGCUUUUUUGAAAUGCAGUUGUAAGCCAUUCAGCAUUCUACAGGUAUUGACUUCAACGCUUGACCUCAAGUAAUGUUCAAUGCAUGUUCAAUGCAUGUUCAAUGCAUGUUCAAUGCAUGUUCAAUGUCAUUUGACUGUGGUUGGGCUCCAGAGUGGUGCAGCGGUUUAAGGCACUGCAUCUCAGUGCUAGAGGAGACACAGACACCCUGACACCCUGGUUCAAAUCCACGCUGUAUCACAACUGGCUGUGUACAAUUGGCCUGGCAUUGUACGGGUUUGGCCGGUGUAGGCCGUCAUUGUAAAUAAGAAUUUGUUCUUAACUGAAUAAAUAAAGGUUAAAUGGCCAAGAUGGAUGCAGCAGUUAUGAGGCAUCCAUUCAUCUCUGCAGUACCUUGGUGAUUGUUCUGUGUUACAAAUAGUAUUCACUUUGCAUUGAACCACUGAACUGAAUGUUUCUUUUCUAGUGCCUCGGGUGCAAGAUCAAUGAGUGAGACCGUUAGCUCUUCGUUUCCUCAACCCUAAAGGAACCUCUAUGGACGUUUUAUCUUCUGGAAACAGGUGUUCCAGAGGUGUUAUGACUGUUGGCUGGAUGGUCAUGAAUCACUGUCUCAGGAAAUACCAUCCAGCUUUAAUAUCCAUCAUUUGUUGUUGUGCGUAGAGCCUCGCCACCGUCGCAGUGCCACUCAGGAUGCACAGCUUUAUGGGAGGGGGCCUGUUCUGCGCCAUAGUGGGGAACAUCCUGCUGGUGGUCUCAACUGCGACAGACUACUGGAUGCAGUACCGCUUGUCGGGGAGCUUCGCCCACCAGGGCCUGUGGAGGUACUGCAUGUCGGGCAAGUGCUACAUGCAGACGGACAGCAUCGCCUACUGGAAUGCCACCCGUGCCUUCAUGAUCCUGUCAGCCAUGUCGUGCUUCGCGGGCAUCAUCGCAGGCAUUCUCUCCUUUGCCCAUUUCUCCGCCUUCGAGAGGUUCAACCGCUCCUUCGCUGCAGGGAUCAUGUUCUUUGUCUCCACUCUCUUUGUUCUGCUUGCAAUGGCCAUCUACACUGGAGUGACGGUGAACUUCCUGGGGAAGCGCUUCGGUGACUGGCGCUUCUCUUGGUCCUACAUACUGGGCUGGGUGGCACUGCUCAUGACCUUCUUUGCAGGGAUAUUUUACAUGUGUGCCUACAGAAUGCAUGAAUGCAGGAGAGUGGUGGACCCACGCUAAAAGAGAGAGGAAAGCCAGUGAAAAGAUUGCAAAUCCGGGACAUUUUGGCCACACAAUUCCAACACGAUGAAAGAAUCAAGCUUACACCAAUAGACAUAUCACUGAAAUAUAGAAACUGUACUAGGUAAUUGAGAACCAAAGAUGAAUACAAAUGUUUGGUUAUGCCUGAGCAGUUUACGUGUCAUUUUAAUAAAGCUAUAACUCUAACAGUAAAA